CUGGAGGAGGUAGAGUAGCAACAAUGGUACUGCCUAAGAGCAACGAGCUGGUACCACGGAGCGAGAAUCGUGUGGGGCUGUUAUUGAGCGUAUCGUCCAAUUAUAGCGUCUUGACAGCAGAAACCAUGAACUGGGAGUUGUUGCAGAAAAAAUACGGUUAUAUUUUAAGGCGGUUCCUGGAGCGUUAUGUACUACCAAAGCAAGGCAACGGAAAAGGGAGGAGGUAUGAAGACCGGUUUGGAUUUAGAAGAGGCCCGCCCGCCCCUACCUCUCUGUUUCAGCCUCCACGGCGUCCCGGCCUUGGCACGGUGGGGAAACCCAUCCGGCUCCUUGCCAACCACUUCCAGGUGCAGAUUCCCAAGAUUGAUGUCUAUCACUAUGAUAUUGAGAUCAAGCCUGAGAAACGACCACGAAGGGUUAACAGGGAGGUGGUGGAUACCAUGGUCCGGCAUUUCAAGAUGCAGAUUUUUGGUGACCGACAGCCUGGCUAUGAUGGGAAGAGGAACAUGUACACAGCACAUCCACUGCCAAUAGGGAGGGACAGGGUGGAUCUGGAGGUCACCCUACCUGGUGAGGGGAAAGAUCAGACGUUCAAGGUGUCCUUGCAGUGGGUUUCUGUGGUGAGUCUUCAGAUGCUGCUGGAAGCCCUGUCGGGUCACCUUAACGAGGUGCCAGAGGACUCCGUUCAGGCUCUGGAUGUCAUCACAAGGCAUCUGCCUUCCAUGAGGUACACUCCAGUGGGGCGAUCGUUUUUCUCUCCUCCGGAGGGUUACUACCAUCCUCUUGGUGGAGGCAGGGAGGUGUGGUUUGGUUUUCAUCAGUCUGUCCGUCCUGCCAUGUGGAACAUGAUGCUCAACAUCGAUGUAUCAGCUACUGCUUUCUACCGUGCUCAGCCUGUGAUCGAGUUCAUGUGCGAGGUGCUUGAUAUACAAAACAUCAAUGAACAGACCAAACCACUGACUGACUCACAACGUGUCAAGUUCACCAAGGAAAUAAGAGGUUUGAAAGUUGAAGUCACACACUGUGGUCAAAUGAAGAGGAAGUAUCGAGUUUGCAAUGUCACGCGCCGACCUGCCAGCCAUCAGACGUUCCCCUUACAGCUUGAGAACGGCCAAGCCAUGGAGUGCACAGUAGCUCAGUAUUUCAAGCAGAAGUACAAUCUACAGCUCAAGUAUCCACACUUACCCUGUUUGCAAGUAGGACAGGAACAGAAGCACACCUACCUUCCCCUAGAGGUCUGUAACAUAGUAGCAGGCCAGCGCUGUAUCAAGAAACUGACCGACAACCAGACAUCAACCAUGAUUAAAGCUACAGCUCGUUCAGCCCCCGACAGACAGGAAGAGAUCAGCAGAUUGGUCAAAAGUAACAGCAUGGUCGGGGGCCCCGACCCUUACCUGAAGGAAUUUGGCAUUGUUGUGCAUAAUGACAUGACAGAGGUGACAGGGCGUGUCCUCCCAGCGCCCAUGCUACAGUAUGGGGGCCGGAUUUCAGACAGUGCUUCAGCUGAUCCACUUUGUGCAGAGGAAGAGUCAAAUGACCCAUCAAACGACCCCUUUUAUGAUAAAAUGCAAGCAGCUGUGGCAGACUUACUAAAUGUAGAGAAUAAAACAGUGGCGACGCCCAAUCAGGGCGUGUGGGACAUGAGGGGCAAGCAGUUCUACGCUGGCAUAGAGAUCAAGGUCUGGGCUGUGGCCUGCUUCGCUCCACAAAAACAAUGUCGUGAGGACCUGCUCAAGAGCUUCACUGACCAGCUGCGAAAAAUUUCAAAGGAUGCUGGGAUGCCCAUUCAAGGCCAGCCUUGUUUCUGUAAAUAUGCCCAAGGAGCUGAUAGCGUGGAGCCCAUGUUUAAACACCUUAAGAUGUCUUACGUUGGUCUGCAGCUGAUUGUGGUAAUCCUUCCUGGCAAAACACCGGUCUACGCUGAGGUAAAGCGGGUGGGAGACACCCUCCUCGGUAUGGCCACUCAGUGCGUGCAAGUGAAGAACGUGGUGAAGACUUCCCCUCAGACCCUCUCCAACCUCUGCCUCAAGAUUAACGCCAAGCUAGGAGGCAUCAACAAUGUCUUGGUGCCUCAUCAGAGGCCCUCCGUGUUCCAGCAGCCUGUCAUCUUCCUGGGUGCUGAUGUCACACAUCCUCCAGCGGGUGACGGGAAAAAACCAUCCAUCGCAGCUGUGGUGGGAAGCAUGGAUGGCCACCCAAGCCGGUACUGCGCCACGGUGCGAGUCCAGACGUCUCGACAAGACAUGUCCCAGGAGCAGCUCUUCAGCCAGGAAGUUAUCCAAGACCUUACCAACAUGGUCAGAGAACUGCUAAUCCAGUUUUACAAGUCAACACGCUUCAAGCCCACACGCAUCAUCUAUUAUCGUGGUGGUGUAUCAGAGGGACAAAUGAAACAGGUAGCAUGGCCCGAGCUGAUAGCCAUCAGGAAGGCCUGCAUCAGUCUGGAGGAGGAUUACAGGCCUGGCAUUACCUACAUUGUGGUCCAGAAACGUCACCAUACUCGUCUCUUCUGCUCUGACAAAGCUGAGAGGGUUGGGAAGAGUGGUAACGUUCCAGCUGGCACCACAGUGGACAGCACCAUCACACACCCGUCCGAAUUUGAUUUCUACCUGUGCAGCCAUGCUGGGAUCCAGGGAACCAGUCGCCCCUCCCACUACCACGUCUUGUGGGAUGACAACUGUUUCACGGCCGAUGAACUGCAGCUCCUUACCUACCAGCUGUGCCACACCUAUGUUCGCUGCACACGCUCAGUUUCCAUCCCGGCCCCAGCCUACUAUGCCAGGUUGGUGGCUUUCCGAGCCCGCUACCACCUGGUGGACAAAGACCAUGACAGCGCCGAAGGCAGCCACGUCUCAGGCCAGAGUAAUGGCCGAGACCCCCAGGCAUUGGCAAAGGCAGUUCAAAUCCACUAUGAUACCCAGCACACCAUGUACUUUGCCUGAACUAGCCUGUCAGCCAGUCCACUUGUGGAUCUACCCCAUAUAUAUAUAUAUAUAUUUUUUUCUUUUUAAAUCCAUCUGCCCCAUUCCCCGUUUUCCUUCUUCCCUCUCUCCUUGUAGUCUUUUCUUCAUACUCACUCUACAUUUUCUGAAUCUGCACCAAAGCGGCUCGUGGAGGGGGAUUCAUCUACAUCCCAACGUCCAGCAGGCUCUGUUUCAUGGAACAAUUUCCAACCAGCGUUCCCAAUCGAGCCGCCCUUUUAACCAGCAAUCCAGCACUGCGAACCCACAGGGGUUUACAAUGCACAAAAGAGAAAAACGCGAAAAAACAAAAACAAACCAUACACACAUCUACGAGUUGAGCCAUUAUUUUGCGUUUGUUUUUGUUUUUUCUAUUUGAAUGUCUGUACUCAUGUGUUUGUAAGAUACACUGAGCGAGAGAGUGGGCAGGCGCAAACUGUCUGCACAGCUCUUUAGCUCUCCCAGCUAAGCAGGACUCUUAUCUACUUUUACCUCAAAGCCCUUUUGGGCAAAAUCUGUCACAAGGUCUUGGGUUUAUCGGGUGGUGGGGAGGGAGCUCUACAUGAACAGAGAUGGAGGGGGGUUGACCUUUUGAGAAUGAUAUCUAUAUAUAUUUUCCUUUUUAUGAGCGUGUGUUUUAACUUUUUCUCCUUUUUCGGUCUUUUACAAGCGAGGUGACCUGGGUGUCCAUACCCAUUGCGACUUUCCUCCCAUCUUAGCGAAGAAUACGCAAGUCUGUGUGUGUGUGCGUGCAUCUCUGUAUAUACAUUUACUGCUGUAUGAGAGUGUUUGUGUGUGUGUGUGUGUGUUUCAUGGCAGGCCACUGAAUUGUAAAGGGAAAUCAAGGAGAUAACUGCUGUAAAUGCCUCAGAUUUGUUGUUUUUUAUAUUCACACAUACAGUACAUAUAAGCAUAUAUUUACAUCUAUAGAGCAACUUUGAGACAUAUGACUUAAACAGGCCUCAUAGAGGCACGUGUGGGUAUUUAUAGCAGUCCUGGGUCACUUAUUAAAUGAAAUGCUUUAUUACAUUUAGAGUGGUUGUGUUAGCCUGCUGCUAGCACAGGCUGGAUAGGGAUUUGCACCUUUGGGAGACGGCUGCUUUCUUGUGCCUCUAAACAUCCUUGAAUCCCAGAGUCCAUUUCAAGUAGUAACUGAAGCCAGGACUGAUGUGUAGCAGUAGCAACCAUGGUCUGGCCUGUGACUGGUUCAGCAUUGGGACCUGUUUAAAAAGCUGAAGGCAUUAAACACAGUAUGUUUUUAUCAGUCUUGCUUUCUGUGUGAAAAGUGGUAUCCAAUUUUUAAAACUUUUGGGCCUGGUUUUUAAGAAGGGUUAUGACACUGCUGGACAUUUUUAAAUUUGUUUUCAAGGAACCUGGAACCAACUUAAUUUUGAUUUUUAAGGUCUCCUUUGCUAAUGUUGGCCAAUUCAUUGCACUGACCAGGGAUGCUAAGCAGGAACCAGAGGGCACUGUCAAUCUCUUACCUUUAUGCAUUUAUACAUACGAAUCAACAAAGCAGAUUUGUAAAAGUUUAAUAUAAGAUGUUUUGUGGUUAUCUUAAACUGUUUUAGACCUAGUAGUUUACUGUUGUUGUUCUCGUUGUUGUCACUGUUGUUACUAUUGUGAUCAAAUUUUUAAGGUCGGCAGCGAAGCCAGUUAUAUAGCUACUAGUGUGAUUUCAGGAAUAGACUUCAGUUGUUGAGCUGCAGGUUGAGGGGUUGAGUUUUCAGAUUGGAAUUUCUUUCUUUUUUUUUCUUUUUUUUUUCUUUUUUUGUAGCAUUCUGGUGAGAGGUAGUUCUCAGGAUGGAUGAAUUCGCGCCUCUUCUGCAGGUUCUGAUGUAACGGUGGCCGACUAGUUGUCUUGUAGCAGUCAGACUGGUGUAACAGGUCUGCCAUGGUGGUGUACGUCCCGCACUGGGUGUUGGCUGGUUUUGAUCCGAUAGAUGGAGACAAUCGGGAAAUGUUGUUAUGGUAGGCAAUGAAUUGAAUUGUUUGUUUGUUUGUUUGUUUGUUUUUUUAAAACAAUUUUACUCGGCGUGUAUGUCAGUUAUAUCCAUCUUACAAUUCUCUAUUUAACAGUAUUUUUUGUGCUUUUUAUGCAUUUCAACACUGGAUUAAAUUGACGGUAAAUAGAAGCGCUGCCCUUGGGAACCCCCUCCCCCCCUGCCCUCCCUUUUUUAACAUGGAAACUAAUGGUGACAGACGUACAAUUGGCUCCCCCUAAUGUUGCUUUUGGAUAAUAAUGCAGGACAGCAGGCUUUGGGAGAAAUGUGCACGCCUCAUCGAGAGGGACAGCUCAGUGAAAACCCUUUUGUAAUAAACCACCCGUAAAGCAGCAGGUUUACUAUGAAUGAGUUUGGGCUCCGUCUUGAUGUGGGCGUGGGCAUCAAGUGGAGAAGCAGGAAAUGAGUAGCAGAAGGGGGACUGGGGAGGAUGUUUUCCAGGCGUUGCUUGCAAUAAGUUUUAAAUGAUGCAGAUUAGUUUUUACAGUGUGCAGUUCUGUUAGCAGAUUUGAUUAAAUAUUCAUCUGGGAUCUCCAAGGGGGAAUGUUUAAAUCACAAUAUUUGGUCAUUAAAAUCCAGUCAGAUAAAGGCUCACUCCCUGUUUAUAAAUAUUACAAAGCAAUAUUAACCCAAGUUUUCAAAUAUGGUUAAAAACAAAGAUAUAAUUCUACUCAUUGUGAUUGUUGGUCACUCGCUAUAAAAUCUCUGUAUUUUAUUUUUUUUAAUUUUACUUUUAUUUUUUAUUUUUUUGUAAACAUGAUUUGCUUGUAUCAAUCAGUGGGAAUGUGCAUUCGGUGGAGUAGUUGUGUAGGCUUUAGACUUUCUUUCAAGUAACAAAAUGUAGACUUUGCUCGCCUGCAUGCCAGAGUAUUGUCCUUUAAAAAAAACAAAACGACAAAAAACAAAAAAACUGAAAACCUUUUUGGAGUCAUAUUUAUUAUGAGAGAAAAAAAUAUAAACUUCCUUUUUUUUGGGGCGGGGUAAAUGUUUAUCAAUUUAGUGGGACUGUUUUAGGCUAGCAAUAUUUGUCUGUCUCUCUUUAAGAUGUAUUUUAAAGAUUCCUACACAAAUGUCAGUAAUUUGGGAGGUACAAGCUGUUUUUUGAGGUGAGGGCUUCUGCGCUUUGCGUCGUGUUCCAAAUCAAACGAGGUACUUUCUUCAAACGUGGACCCGUUAAAGACCGAACUCCUUUCCUCUGAGCCAGGUUACUGUAGAGAGCAUCCAUUUCGUCUUCUCGCUCCUGGUUUGUACCUAUUGCCACGCCUAUUGGUGGGCGCUCUCCUGUUUCCAUGGCAACUCCGCUGACCCUUCACAGAUAUACUUCCUCUUUUGUGUAGAGGUCCCCAAGGCAUUGACGGAGCAGGAUUACCUCUUUUUAACCUUUUUAAAACAAGAUCCAUAAUUCUUUCUGUGCCCCAAUGGAAAGAGCAUGAAUUAUUUUUAAAUUCCUCUCACUUUGAUAUAUUAUAUCUUGACAGAUUUGUAAUUUGACAUUGUGUAUUAUGUCUUUUUCCCCCUUUUUUUGUUACCCUUUUUCCCACUUUUUUUUUCUUUUUUAGGUUUGUUAUAGCUCUGCUUUAUUUUUUUAUUUUUAUUUUUUCCUGCUAGUGGUCUCUGAAACUGUGUCUAAUAGCAAUAGAAUCACAGAAUCUGAGCGAUCUGAUUCUGGGAAUCUGGUGGUUCAGAUUCUGUGAAUGAACGGAAUCCUUUAAGUUGUCAAGCGGCAGGGUUCGUUCUGUCCCUGCCCUCAGAAGGCCAUUCACUUGCUGUUAUUGCUAUUAUGUGACAUGUUGAAUUGGUUUUUGUUGUUUUUGUUCGCCUGCAGGGAAUUCUUGUGUUAAUGUGCAAAGUAAUAAAUGGGUAUUUCAUGCCUAUAACAUAA